CACCCACACAAAAAAGAAAAAAAAAUGGUACAAUCCAGCAUAGUAGUACCAUCUACCAGUCAUCGUAAAAGAUCAAUUGAUGUUUCAAGUAAAGAAGAGUCUGGACAAGAUGAAGAGAUUAAAAGACCUCGUUUGGAAACCAGUGAAGCAGGAAAGAAUCGCAACAAACGAUUGUUUGGUGCUUUAUUAGGCACGUUAAACAAGUUUAAGAACGAGACAGAAAAGACAAGUGAAGUGGAUAAAAAUAGACGAGAGAUCAAUGAGAAACUUCAUGAAAAGUUAGAAUUGGAAAGAAAGGAAUUGCAAGAGCGGUUACAGGCACGUAAAGAAGAAAAGCAACGCAUGUUAGAGUUAAAAAUAAAGGAGGAACAAGAACUACAGGCGGAAGAGCGAGAGUUAAAGAAACUAGAGCAACAGGAAAAGUUGGCGAAUUUCUUGAGGACAGAGACAGAACCGUUUCUUUAUUAUCUACCUGAAACUUUGACGGACGAAAUGAAUCUCACAAUAAAGGAACAAAAGGAACGUGUGAUUGAAUCAAGGAACAAGCUUGAGAAUAAAGGAUCGUUAUUGUGAUUAAUAUCUAUGUAUUUAUAAUAAAUAUGUGUGUGUGUGUGAGAGAGUGAGUGAGUGU